CUACCGUCGAGUGAAGGUCGGAGCUCCGGGCUGACUCUGGACCCGGUGACUGAGAUUAUUCAUGUACCAACAGCUAGCACAAAGUAAACCAAAGACAAUAACGAACGAAAAACCUUUGACAAGAAAAAAGUGAUUGUGAACUGAACUGAAAAAAAAAAAAAAUAAUAAUAACGUGAUUUUGUGAGGAUAAGUGAAAUCAAAACGAUGUCUUAUCAAGAAAACUGAACAGUUGCUUUUCGGACAAACUUCACUUUACGAUCUCGCGAGAAGAGGAACUACAGGCAAAGGGGCACCAUGGACGAGACCGGCGUCGCUGUGACGUCCUCGUCCGUCGCCAACGCCAGCGCCCUUGACCUCAGCGCGUCCACGUUGGCGGUGACCAUGCAGGCCGUCUUCUCCAGCGCCGCCUCCACCCUCGCGGCGGACAUGAGGGCGGAGGACAACGACACCUCCUCCGAGCGCGAGGCCCAGCCCCACAAUCUGUCCAUGAUGGUGGCCAUGACGGUCAUCUACAUCGCCAUCACCAUCGUGGGCGUCGUGGGCAACGUGAUCACCUGCAUCGUCAUCGUCAGGAACCGGAUCAUGCACACGGCCACCAACUACUACCUGUUCAGCAUGGCCAUCAGCGACCUGCUACUCCUGGCCCUCGGCAUGCCCGACGAAAUCCAGCUGCUGUGGAUGGGGCAGCCCUACAUCUUCGGCGAGGAGUUCUGCUUCAUCCGGGGCUUCACCGCCGAGAUCUCCACCAACGCCUCCAUCCUCACCAUCGCCGCCUUCACGGUCGAGCGCUACAUCGGCAUCUGCCAUCCCCUGCGCUCGCACACCAUGUCCCAGCUGGGCCGCGUCAUCCGCUUCAUCGCCAUCAUCUGGGUGGUGGCGACGGCGUGCGCCGUGCCCAUCGCCAUCCAGUACGGCAUCGUGUACAAGCAGGACGAGAUGGGCAAGAAGGACCUGAGCACGGCCUCGUGCGUGAUCAAGAACCGGCUCCGGAUGGUGUUCGAGAUCUCGAGCGUCCUCUUCUUCGUGGCGCCGAUGCUGCUCAUCAUCGUGCUGUACGUGUUCAUCGCCAUCCAGCUGAAGCGGUCGGCCCGCCUGGCCCGCAACGUGCCCUCCCUCAGCUCCCACAGCUGCUCCACCAACGACGGCUCCAGGAACAAGAGUGUCAUCAAAAUGCUGGUGGCGGUCGUCAUCGCCUUCUUCCUGUGCUUCGCCCCUCACCAAGCCCAGCGUCUUAUGGCCGUCCACGCCGACCCACGUAACACCUUCGCAGUCAAGAUGUUCAACGUUCUCCAUAACAUCUCCGGAAUAUCCUAUUACAUCUCCACUUGCGUCAACCCCAUUCUGUACCAUAUCUUCAGCAACCGGUUCCGCCAAGCUUUCCGGAAGACACUAGAGAGCUGCUGCGUGAAGACAGGCGGAGGCGGCGGAGUAGGAGGAGGAGGAGGAGGAGGUAGGUGGCACUCUCGCUCGCAGUCCGCUCGCUCCCAACACACCCACACCUUUGAACUUACAGAACAAACCUUCCUGCCCGAGGCUAACCACGCCGCCCUCGCGCCCACCGCCGCCGCCGCCGCCGCUGCUGCCGCCACAACCACGACCAUCACCACGUCUUCCAGCGACGUCUCGACCACCACGACGACCACACUGGAGUUCGAGGCCGAGGACGAGAGGAAGUCCCGAAGGGGGAAGAGGAAGACCCACAUCGUCCAGGAGCUGAACGGCGUCCGCAAAGCUGGAGGGCGAGUCCUCCUGGGGAAACACGUCGCUGCCGCCGCCGCUGGAGGCAAGAGGAACAACGCAGGAGGAGCCGGAGGAGGGAAAGGAGGAAGAAGAGAAAACGGGGAAAGAGGUAGAGGAGGAGGAGGCAUCACCACCAGGAGAUUCAGGCCGCUCUUCAUGCCGCGCCUCCGCAGACCCGAGGUCGUCGAAAACCCGAUCGACCUGUUCGUGGCCUCGACCUCCCCGAGUUCGCGCAAGAGGAGCCAGUCCGACAGCCUCCUCAGCGGGGGAUCCAUCAGCAACUGCUCCAUGACCCACAUCGAGCAAGAGUUCACACAGAAGGAGCUGUCGGAGGCCUCUGUGACUCCGACGCUAUGUUUCUUGACAACUAUAAAAACGGGCUUAGCAAAUACGACCCGAGUUCGACCAAGCACCAGAGGGCGUUGUCGGUGCAGCAGAGGACCUACUUCGGCACUGCAGGAGGGGGCUUUCACAACACUCGACGCCCUUACCACAGCCAGUACGGAGCUAGACCACCCCUUCGGCAGCAGUCUACGCAUUCUACGACUUUUAAAACGGAAGAACCCCAGGCCAAAAUUAAUGGGGCUUGCCAUACAUGGGUCUAAUGGAGAAAUCCGUCAGCCACAGCGAGAUGACUCUCACUCCAUCUCUCAGCAUCAUCCUGAGAGCAUCUGACGCUAUCUCCGAUCCUCGCCAGCAUCCUUGAGCGAAGGAUCUAUUACUCGGUGGAAAGACUUCCACCCUCUUCUCCUGUCUAUGUUACGUCUUCGUCAUGGAAGACAUUGCGCAAAAAAGCUGCAUGGGUUUCUCUGUUAUAUGUGUACAUGAUUGUGCGUAUUCAGCUUAUAUAUGAAUACACACGCACACACAUACAUGUACAUGCAUAUAUACGUAUGUAUAU